AUGUCGGCGCCCACGGGAUCAUACAUUCUCCCCGAGCCCCCGGCAGCGUCCGAUGAUCAGGACGAACUGGACUCGCUUCCAUCCAUCUCGACGAGCCUACUUGACUCCGAGCCCGACUCGGAAGCGCAGAGAGAAUGGGAGGAGAGUCUUGAGCAGUUGCAGCUGAUGCUGACAAUGGUCAUAAUACCGUUUACUGGCAAAUACAUGGGGCGCAAGUUUGCAUUCUGGAGCUGGGCACGAUACAUGGAAUGGAUGCACAAUGUUGAAAUCAGGUGGACGAACAAGAAGGCGUUUGCAGCCGCUGGUGUCAUCGAAGCUGCCGCAACAUUAUGA